UUCCAAUCGAUACUCUCCGUCACACCGGCACGCUGCCUCGUUGUGCACCAUGUCCAACCUCUACUCUACUGAGCCAACGCCAACGGGGAAGGUCAUUGUUGACACCACUGCAGGCGAGAUCGAGAUUGAGCUUUGGGGUAAGGAGAAUCCCAAGGCCGUCCGCAAUUUCGUCCAGCUCGCCAUGGAAGGCUACUACGACGGUGUCAUCUUCCAUCGCGUUGUCAAGGGGUUCAUCGUGCAGACCGGCGACCCGACAGGUACGGGGAAAGCCGGUGAGAGCAUCUAUGGCGAGCCAUUUGAGGACGAGAUCCACAGCCGCUUGAAGUUCAAUCGGCGUGGAUUGGUAGGCAUGGCCAACAAUGGCAAGCGGCAUACGAACAACUCGCAGUGGUUCAUUACGCUGGAUCGGGCCGACGAGCUCAACGGCAAGCACACACUCUUCGGGCGCAUCCAAGGACCGACUUAUUACAAUGUCCUCAACAUUGGGAAUCUCGAUGUCGACGCUGAAGAAAAGCCGCUGGUGCCCCCAAAGAUUAAGGGGAUUCGCAUUAUCGAGAACCCAUUUGAUGACAUCGUGCCGCGCAUUACUGCCGCCGAGAAGCGGGCUCAGCACCAGGCUCGGCUUGAGGCCAAGGCAGAAAUGGAGAAGAAGGAGAAGCGAGCCCGAGCCAAGAAGAACACUGGGCUGCUGUCUUUUGGCGAGGCGGAAGAGCUGGACGCGGCUGCUGUGACAGUCAAGAAGAAGGACAUGGGCCGGCGCGAUCUCGUCGCGUCAUCAAGCUCCAGUAAGGAGAAAAAGUCGAAGAAGCCUAUGCCCGACCUGUCCGACGAACCCACCGAAGUGGCUGAGGAGCAACCGAAGACCAAAGUGGAGAGAGAGCGCAAGGCGGUCGAUCUCAAGGCAAUUCGUGAGCAGCACGAGCGCGAACGAUCCGGUAAAAGCUCGUCGAGGAAAGAGGACAUUGAGCGGAUGCAGGAGGACCUGCGAGCGAUGAAGAAGCGCAUGGGGCAGGAUUCGGACACUGACUCGGAGGACGAGGAAGAACGGCGUAAGCGGCGGCGAGGCCCAUCGGCCCUCGAACAGGAGCUCUCAAAGUACAAGCACGCGCGUGGACGGGCAGCGCGGGAAAAGUGGAAUGCCAAAGACAAGCGGUCAAAGGACGAUGACUUGUUGCGGGACUUGGGCAUGUUCAGCAAGAAAGUUAUGGAGGCCGAGGUGGACGAAGAGCCGAUGGAUGAUGACGCGGGCGACGGGGAGGCGGCGCUCGAGGUGGACGACGAUGUGGGGUGGCUGCGGCAUUCACUCAAGUUUGCACACGAGAUCUCGGACGAGACGCGUCGCGCCGAGGACGAGUACGAAGUAAGUUUCCGCACGUGGACUGAGUCUGGAGCGCGAAGCUUACGAGAACAGGUAAUUGAUCCUCGAGCCAAGGCACGGGCAGUGGCAGCGGAGGAGGAGCGGGCGAACAAGGCGAAGAAGCGCCGCGACUAGUCCGAGCAUGUAUUCGGCCGGACUAUGCGGCAUGGUGUGGUGUGGGCAAGCGCUGGAUU